AUGAUGAACAUUUCAUUUCUAUCGGUGAUUUUAAUUCUAGUUUUUCCUACUACAGUGAUUAGUAAAGAUGAUGAUCAAACUGAUUUUACAAUUGAUUCGAGAAACUCAUUUAAAGUCAAGGUAAUUUAUUAUCGAUCAGAUGAUUUAUUUAUUAAGUUAAUUUAUCGGCAAUUAACUAGCCAAGGUAACCAAAGAUUAAAUCAAUUUAAUGAGCGACGUAAGAGACAAGCUGAUAUUGAGAAUCCUAAACAAUAUCCAUCGAAAGAUUGGAAAAGUUUUAUUGGAUCUUCGAAAAGGCCACCGAUCAGAUCACUUUCAGAUAAUUACUCUGAUCAUGGAAAGAUUGGACAAAUUCUCAAUCGAAUCAAAGACUUAGUCUUUAGAAUCAAUGAUUUUUUCAUUGGAAAUCGUAUCAAAACUAACUAUUCAACGGUAAUAAUUAGUUAAUCAAUAGAAAUUAAAAGUCCAACAGUUAAUUGCUCAAUUUUUCCUUCUUUCAGAAUUCAUAGAUGGCACUGUCUUCAAGAAACUCUUUCAAAAGUUUUCUCAACAAUUAAUUAGUUUUCAUUUCUCAAUCAUUGUAAUUAAUUAAACAAUUAAAUUAAUCAAAUUUUCUCCAUUUGAUUCUCUUAUCCUAUAACUAA